AUGAGAUCAAUGAGAACUGGAAAACCGGACAAUCCCGUCCAUUUACUCGAGUUUCUUACUACGCCACUCCCACUACACCAUCGCAUUGGAUACAAAUCUAGCCGGGGUCCGGUGCUAAGGUCAAGCGAACGUCGCCGUCCACAGAGUAUAUCGUCGUCCACCCCCGCAUUACUGCCGCGCGUGGUCCUGAACCGCAUCGAUCCGAGAGACUGCGAGCAGCGUAUCCGCGUGUCGUACAAGGUUGCCAUCCGUAGCACCAGAAGCAGUCGCACUAACAACACCAGCAGCAGUCACAGUGGCAUGAAUAUGGGCCAAAAAAUCAGUGGCAGCGUCAAAACGGUCAGCCGCGACCAACCGUCCCCGUUCAUUCCGAAGAUACCCCGCGAACUGGCAGCCCACUUUCAGCGGCCAGCCCGGCUCGAUGUGCUCCUGGACAUGCCACCGGCACCCCGGGAAACGCAGCUCAAGUUCUCGUGGAACUCGGAGGACCGCUCGCUGAACGUGUUCGUGAAGGAGGACGACAAAAUGACCUUCCACCGGCAUCCGGUGGCACAGAGCACAGACUGCAUACGGGGCAAGGUGGGCUUCACCAAGGGCUUGCACGUGUGGGAGGUGUUCUGGUCGACCCGGCAGCGAGGCACGCACGCCGUGAUCGGUGUGGCCACCGCCGAGGCACCCCUGCACUCCGUAGGUUAUCAAAGCUUAGUCGGCCUCAACGAGUACAGCUGGGGCUGGGAUCUGGGGCGUAACAAGCUGUUCCACAACUCCAAGUCCUGCCCGGGCGUCACCUACCCUGCGAUACUGAAGUCGGAGGAAACGUUCCUGGUGCCGGACAAGUUCCUCGUCGCACUCGACAUGGACGAGGGAACGCUCAGCUUUAUCGUCGAUGGCCAGUAUUUGGGAGUGGCGUUCAAGGGACUGAAAGGACGCAAGCUCUACCCCAUUGUGUCCGCCGUCUGGGGGCACUGUGAAAUAACGAUGAAGUACAUUGGCGGCUUAGAUCCCGAACCGCUGCCACUUAUGGAUCUCUGUAGGCGCGUCAUUCGUCAGAGAAUCGGCCGGACGUAUCUAGAGGAACGCAUACCAAACCUAGCCCUGCCGCAAUCGAUGAAAACCUACCUGCUGUACCGGGAUCGAAGAUAA